GGCCAAUGCUUGCCUUUAGUUUACAGUUUUCUUCCAUUCAAUAUGGCUUGUAGAGAGCAGCACAAACAUUGAUAUUUUGGAAAGCUUUGCCAAAAUUAGCUAGUUCAAUUUUGCGAGUCUUGUGCUUUUCAUGUGACUUUCCGGCGACCGCUCGACCGGCCGAAAAUUCUCAGUGCUCACAAGAAUGCAGCAGAGGAGUCCGGCUUGAUUUUAUGCGCGGUUCGCAGGCUGAGAAAGUGAAUUUUUGAAGAGUGCGAGCAUGUCGGGCAAGUACAAAUUCUACACGGGCCGAGGCCGGGGGUCGAUCCGCGGCCGUCCAGUGCCCACGACCAACAUCACCUUUGGCAACAACGUUCUGGAGAUCCAAAACAACAAACGACCGACGGCGGCCAAAUCUGCCGGCACCGUCGGCCGCUGGGGUGUCACGUCCUUCACAUCUCUGCGCAGCGUAAACACGAAUGGUUCUGAGAGUGUUGCUUCGGAGGCAACGACCAAGAGGAAAAGGGCAGAGUACCCUCCAGCUGGAGCCGCAGCUAUGUCCUGCCCUCCUGCUGAGCCCAAACCGGCCCCUAAUAAGCCGAGGAAAUUUUUCAAAAGCAGAAAUGCCAAGGACGACAGCAGCAGCAGCGAAUCUCAAACUCCGGCGCCCGCCGUCUAUGGAUCGGUGAACAACGCCAAGACCAUGGCAAACCCAUACCAAUCGCCGCCCAAGCCGCAGCCAUCACCAGAGAAACCAAGGAUUAGUGAGGCUCCUGCUGAACCAACGCAGCCACCAGAGGCCAAACCACCAAUUAAACUGCGAAUAUUUACGACUAAGGGUACAUCACAAAUUGUCAGUGGGACAGAGGAGAGUGACUGCGAUUCGAAUGACGCUUCCUCACCUGUGCAUGAUGUCGAAGAUGAAGACGAAGAAAUGGCACAGGAUGAUGAGGAAGCGAAGUGUUCCUUUCGUGCCCAAUCUGAAGAACCUGAAGAUCAAAAUCCGCCUGCCGCCGAGGAGGUACCCGACGAGAUUGAAAUGGCAAUGAGUCGAAUUCACGAAGGCGCCGAGCAACCAGAGAGCGACCGUAACUUCCAAGCUGAAGAGGCCGCCGACAAAGAAAUGCAAGAUCAGGGCAAUGACCUUUUGGCCAACACCUUCACCAACUACCCAACCACCGAAAAAAUGCUGGUCGACCCAAAGCAGAUUCUUCCAAUGUCGUCCUCGAAGAAUCUUGCCAAUGACUGGUACUCGGACGAAGACGAUCCUCCUCCAGCCCUGCCCAUUCCUCCAGCGCAAGAAGUGCUUCCUCAGGUCGAGGCGGAGCCUAUCCAUCCUUCAGAUAUUCCCUUUGUGCAGCCAGAACAGUGUUCUCAAGACGUCAUCCAUGAGAGUCUCUCUCAGCCUGACGUGUCGAACGCUGAAAAGAAGGGCAGUAUUUUUAAGAGCAGGCGACUCCUGACUGGUGGACCAAAGAAGAGAUUGGCUCUUUACAAGCACAAGUGGAGCGACGACAAGGAGGAGAAGGAAAAGGCAGCUUUAGCCGCCGCCUCUUCCAAAGCAGCCGCUGAAACCAAACUUGACGCAUCCGUGUUUGACGAGGAUUUUGCUGAACCGCCUGUUCUGACGAGAGUCAAACGAGCUGCCACUGAUGACGACCCGUCUGGUGAUGGGGAUGAUGUCACUGGCGUCAUGUGCAACAAAGCGGCCAGAAAGUACUUCACUGUUGUUCGUGAUGUAAAAAAUGCUCACCAAAUCCAAGAGACUGGCGAAUUUUAUGUUUUCAAUGACGAUGUUGACUACAUUCUUGACACACUGGGCGCGAAUAACCCUAUAGCGACGCGAUGUCUGUCGGCAAUCUCACUCGCUUCCAAGUGCAUGGUUCCCGCCUUCCGUAUGCACGUCCGAGCUCAUGGCAUAGUGGCCAAGUUUUUCAGUGCCCUCCAAGAUGCAACCCACGACCCGAGUCUGGCCUUGUGCACCGCAACGGUCAUGUUUGUAAUGAGUCAGGACCAACUUAACAUGGACUUGGAUAGGGCCAGUCUCGAGUUAAUGCUAAACCUCCUGGACACGGACGCCAGCCACACAAAUGCCUUGGACACUUUAGUCCAGCAGGGUAUAAGUUGCUCUCAGCUGGAGAAAAACAAACAGAAAGUCAGAGAGGUUUGCGCUGAAAUCAAAAGCAAGGGCCAUGCCAAGCACCUCAACUUGGACAACAUAACUGUUGGGAAUUUGGCCAUGGAGUCUUUGUUGAGUUUGACCUCCAGAAGGGCUGGAGAGUGGUUCAAGGAAGAACUGCGGCAGCUCGGGGGACUCGAGCACAUUGUCAAGACUGUUUCUGAGUGUUGUCGCGCUCUCUCCAAUAGGCAGCCAACCAUUUGGAAUGAGGUCGACUUGGCCAAGAUGAAGAAGGUUGACCGAUGCCUCAGGGUCUUGUUCAAUCUUACGAGCAAGAACCUCGAGAACCAGUUGUAUCUUCUCACGUAUGAGGGUGGCCAGAUAAUUCCUAUGAUGCUUCAACUGCUGAACCUGUGUCUGUGCGAGAUUCCAUUGUGUCCCAUUUCGACAGACAAGGAGAGCCUCUCGACCAGCGUCCGGGAAACUCUGCUCUCCACUACAAAAUUCUUAGUUGAUCUCACUCACAAUUCUGACGGCAAAGCUCUUGGCAGUGAAAUGCUUGGAGAGCAGCCAAGCAUUGUAGACAUGUGUCUGACUCUGGUGUUGAGACUACCACACUAUUAUCCUGAAGAGAAGCAAUUUGACAUCAUGGUCGUUGGUCUCUGUCUACUUAUAAAUCUUGCAGAAGCACCCAUUUCUAACAGAGAUUUAAUCAUGAAUGCUGUGACUCCACCAGACUUUGAAAAACCUUAUUUGCCACCCCAAACUGCAAUUGAUGCUAUGAUCGAGCUAUUUAUGAAAAAUGAAGCCAUUGCUAAGAUUGAGGAGGGCAACACAGAUGCAAUUCUUGAUUCCAAAAAGGAAGAAAUCAUUCCGAAAGAAGAACAAGCUUCCAAAACUCCUGAUGAAAUCUUCAACGACAUUGUUGAAAAACUACUCCAAAAGGCUGGCAAGAAUAUGGAAUGCAACUUGAUUCAGGCAUACAUUUCCAUGCUUGUUGCUUAUCUUGUUAUGGACAAUAAGAACUACGAGUUCCUUGUCCGCGAAAAGCUUCCAGAGAAAAACUUCCAGUCCAUGCUUAAAGUUCUGAAGAAAUUUGUCAACUUUAUGGUCUUGACUAUAUCAACUGUCAGCAAGAGUCGCAGCAUACUUGACACCGAGAGACUGAUCGAGUACCUGAAAACUAUCGACCAAGACCACAUGAAGGAGGAAGUUGACGAGGUUUGCUGAGAUCUGCCAACAGAUGCUCAGGAGGAAAGCCAUGCUUAGCUUGGCUACCCUGCAGCAUCUGCACCAAACCUACCUAAAACUGUACUGGGCCCUUAAAUGAAGUUUAAUUGCAGUGUGGACACAUUUUUUGCGUGUGCCCUAAGUGAACUUAAUAUUGCCAGACAGCUGCUCAUGGAGUGAAAUUAAUUACCUUCAACUGUUAGCUUAAUUAAAUUAUUAUUGCCAUAGGAUAGUAUUGUAUUUAAAGAAUCAGGCUAAAAUGUAAAUAUUGAGGUUUAAAUGUAAGAGCUCAUUCCACUCGGCAAUCCGUGCGUACCAUUGUAUUUUGCACAACUAUAGCAUCGUAACUAAAGUGUUUAAGUAACUUUAUAUUGUGGCGUUAUUUUCUGCUGAGCGUUGAGCCCCGAAGUUUACCAGACCGGAGCGCUUGGCUGCUUGUAUAUAUUCUCGUAAUAAAUUAAUGACAACACUUUCGA